UCGAUUUCCUCCAUAGGUUUCCUCUCUCCUCGCUUCUCUUCCCUUCGUCUCUCUCUCAUACAUCCCCGGUGGGCGGGACUUUUAGGGGACGUGUCAUGCAGUAGGCGUGUCAUGUAGUACGCGAACCCGCAGUUAGAGCUACUUGAUAACGUAGGGAACCUUUCAAUGGAGUGUGUUCCACCAGUCGGACUGAUGCUUUUCGCCUGAGAGCUGUUGGAAGCUCCUCACAAAACAAGUGCACUAUGUUGAAUGCUGGUACAGCACCGAAACAAGCAAGGAGCCAGAAAAUGCCAUCCCGUGGUUCCAUCUCCAACGGCCUGAAAGAAAUUCACAUCGAUGAAGAAGUCAAGAUAUCGGUGAACCUCUCUCUGGAGAGGUUUAUCUACAGCGACCAGAAAGAGAUGGAAUUUCCCUCCUCCUUGUCCAGUACUGAGAGGGCUUUCAUUCAUCGAAAGGCACAGUCUCUGGGUUACAUCUCUAAGAGCAAAGGGAAAGGAUCAAACCGUGUCCUCACCAUCAGGAAGAAGAAUGGUUCAGACAGACCUCGGCCUACCAUGCUCCUCACACUCUCCCACAACUCCUUAUAUUUUAUCCGUAGCCUACUCCAGAGGUUUCCCAUCAGCAAUAAGGAACGCAUAGACAUGCAGCCCAACAACAAAAGUGGCAUUUCUGUGGCUGCAGAAUCUGACAUCAGUGACAGGAACAGGACAAGUGGGCGCUUAAACAAUGGAAUACCCAUGGUGCCUCGGAGGAGGAGUCGAUCAGAUCUGGACAGUUUUCGAUGCUCCCUGCCGGUGCAUGAACGUCAGGAAGAGAUCGUCCAGCUCAUCAGAGAAAACCAGGUGGUGCUGGUAGUGGGAGAGACCGGCUCUGGAAAAACUACACAGAUCCCACAGUUCCUGCUCGAUGACUGCAGCAGGAAAGGAGAACCUUGCAGGAUCUUCUGCACUCAGCCCAGACGCCUGGCUGCCAUUGCUGUGGCUGAGAGAGUGGCAGCUGAGAGAGGAGAGAGUGUGGGCCAGACUGUCGGUUAUCACAUCAGACUGGAGAGCAGGGUCUCCCCUAAGACACUGCUGACUUUCUGCACCAGUGGAGUGUUCCUCAGAACAUUGAUGGCUGGAGAUGCCAGCCUGACAACUGUCACACAUGCCAUUGUGGACGAGGUGCAUGAGCGUGAUGGUCUGACUGACUUCCUGCUCACUAAGAUAAAGGAUGUGCUUCAGAAGAUCCCCACACUGAAGCUGAUCCUGUCCAGUGCAGCUCUGGACAUAGACCUGUUCCUUCGCUACUUUGGCUCCUGCCCUGUUAUCCACCUCAAAGGAAGACAGUUUGAAGUGAAGGAAGUCUUUCUGGAGGACAUCCUGAGGCUGACAGGCUUUAACAAAGGGGACAUGAAAAAAUACAAGGAAGACACACAGAGAACAGAGGAGAAGAAUCAGAAAUGUUUGAUGGAGUGGUGUAAGGCAGUAGAGGACAGCCCAGUGGAGGAGAAACAGAGGAGCCCUGUGUCUACCCCAGGCUUCGUCCAGGACAACACCUUCUUGGGCCAAGGUGACAACACCUUCAGUGAGCUGACUGAGAAUGACAGAGAGCAGCUGGAACCGUGGCUGCUGAAGGAGAUGGACUCUUGCAUUUCCAACAUAUUCCUCACUGAAGACCAGGAUGCUUUCAUUCAGCUCUUCAACCUUAUCCUCUAUGAAAAUGUUAACGUGGACUACAGGCACAGUGAGACGGGGGCCACGCCUCUAAUGGUGGCAGCAGGUCGGGGCUUCCUCACACCGAUGGAACAGCUACUCAACAUGGGAGCAGACAUCAACAUAAAGGCAUCCAAUGGAUGGACGGCCUUCGACUUUGCCAAACACUUCCAGCAGGCAGAUGCUGUGGAUCUACUCAAAUCAACCAUUCCUUUAGAAGAGGUGAGCGGCCUGGGUGAGUCCACUCUGGUGCAGUGUGCCAGUGCAGAGAUGAGUAGUGAAGAGCAGGAGCUGCUCAAACUAUACCACCACAGUUUUGAUGAUGAAAGGGUGGACCUGGACCUCAUCAUGGAUCUACUAAACAACAUCUGCUCCACAACCACUGAAGGUGCUGUACUGAUUUUUCUUCCUGGAUAUGAUGAGAUCGUGGCACUCAGGGACCGCAUCUUGUAUGACGAUAAGAGAUUCUCCACACGACCUGAGAGUUUCCAGGUAUUUACUCUACAUUCAGACAUGCAGACUCAGGACCAGAAGAGAGCCAUGAAGACCUCUCCACCUGGUGUCCGAAAGAUAAUUCUUUCUACUAACAUCGCUGAGACGAGCAUCACAAUCAAUGACGUGGUCUUUGUCAUUGAUUCGGGGAAGGUCAAAGAGAAGUCCUUUGAUACUCUCAAUCACGUAUCGAUGUUAAAGAAAGUCUGGAUCUCGAAGGCCAGCGCUCUGCAAAGGAAGGGAAGAGCUGGGCGCUGCAGACCAGGGAUUUGCUUCCACCUCUUCAGUCGACUCAGGUUCAACAAUAUGCUGGAAUAUCCAGUUCCUCAGCUGCUGCGCAUGCCACUGCAGGAACUGUGUCUGCAGACCAAACUGCUGGCUCCCUCCUCCUGUCCAGUAGCUGACUUCUUAUCCAAAGCUCCACAGCCUCCUGCUGCUCAUUCUAUCAAGAACGCUGUGCAGAUGCUCAAGACAAUAGAUGCUAUGGACCAGUAUGAAGGCCUCACUGAUCUGGGCUACCACCUGGCUGAUCUACCUGUGGAGCCCCACCUGGGAAAGAUGGUGCUGUGCGCUGUGGUGUUGAAGUGUCUGGACCCCAUUCUAACCAUUGCCUGUACACUGGCCUAUCGGGACCCCUUCGUCCUUCCUGCCCAGGGCUCUCAGAAAAGAGCUGCUCUACAGUGCCGCAAACGUUUCACUUCCAGUUCCUUCAGCGACCACAUGGCCCUCCUCAGAGCAUUUCAGGCAUGGCAGAAGGCCCGCAGUGAAGGCUGGGAGAGAUCCUUCUGUGAGAAGAACUUUCUCUCCCAGGCUACCAUGGACAUGAUACUUGGCAUGAGGACACAGCUGCUGGGACAGCUUCGUGCCAUUGGUUUCGUGCGAGCCCGUGGGGGUUGUGACAUCCGUGAUGUGAACCUGAACUCUGAGAACUGGGCCGUGGUGAAGGCAGCCCUGGUGGCUGGCAUGUAUCCAAACUUGGUCCAUAUCAACCCGGAGACCUCCCUGGCCUCUAGUAGUAGGGAGAAGAAGCUCCACUUUCAUCCCACAUCAACCCUGAGCCAGUCCCAGUUCAAGGAGAACAGCCCAGCCAAAUCAGCUCAGACCUUCCCCACAGACUGGUUGAUCUACGAUGAGAUGAGCCGAGGCCACAGGAUGGCCAGUGUCCGCUGUUGCUCUAUGAUGACUCCCAUCACUGUGGCCAUAUUUGGAGGCUGUGCUAAACUACCCAGCUCUGCCCUGCAGGAACCUGCUCUACAGAAAGGUGCUGACAGUCUGCUGGAUGACGUCAGUGACAGUGAGACAGAGGAUCUGGCUGAAAUGAGGAUUGAUGAUUGGCUCAUGUUCCAAAUGGACAGAGAGGCUGCAGGACUGGUGUUUGAACUGAGGCAGAAGUGGCAAAAUUUGUUCAUCAAGAGGAUCCGUUGUCCUACAAAGCCCUGGUCUCAACAAGACGAGGCCAUCAUCAGGACACUGGUUUCGGUUCUUGCAGCAGAGGAGCAGGGAGCAGGCCUGCAGCAGCCCACAGGGAUUGGCCAGCGACCUCGACCCAUGUCAUCGGAGGAUGGGCCUCAGGCUUCUAUGAGGAACGUCAAGAACAGCCCCCAAAUACCCACCAUCACCACCAACGACAAGUCUUGGAGGAUGCCAGCAACCCCAAGCGUGCUGCAGAUGAAAACCCCCAGCAGAGAUGAGGCCUCCCUGCCCAUGAAUCUCCUCUACGAUGAGCCUCACUCCUCCACUAAUUCUUCCUGCUCUGUGGCCAUGGACAGUCCAUCUGACAGAACCUGUCCCUCCUCAGGAAAGCAGAUCUCAAAGCCAAUGUCCCCUCAGCGGGUUUUUUCAUCAGUGCGGUAUUUCAUCAUGAAGAGCAGCAAUGUCAGGAACAUAGAAAUUUCUCAACAGAAAGGUAUCUGGUCCACCACUCCAAGCAAUGAGACCAAACUGAACAAGGCCUUCCUGGAGACUAACCUCAUCAUCCUCAUCUUCUCUGUUCAGGGCUCUGGACACUUCCAGGGCUACGCUCGUAUGACAUCAGUCAUCAGUCAGGAGAGCUGCCACGACUGGGGCUUCAUGGGACUAGGAGGGGUUUUCAGCGUGGAGUGGACUCACAAGGAGAGUCUUCCUUUCCAGUGCACCCAACACAUUCUCAACCCAUGGAACGACAACAAGAAGGUCCAGAUCAGCCGCGACGGACAGGAGUUGGAGCCGGCAGCAGGCAGCCAGCUGUUGUUACUGUGGGACAGAAACCCAGAGAAUCAGGUUCAAUAAGAGGCAGCGGCACAACUCCUCUGCACCACGUUUUUUUCUUACUAAAGCAAGAUGACAGGAACAAUAGAUGAACUGAUUCAUUUGAAAGUUCAGCACUUUCUGUUCUCAUUCAAGUUCUCAUUCAGUUUUUAUCCCUUGCAUUCAAAAUGAUAAUUAAGUUUUAAGCAAACGGUGUGUUCCAUUUUUUUUUUAAUCAAACAUGAAUAAGAAUGAAUUAAACAGUUUGUAUCACU